UUCCAUGGAGUCCCUGGUUUGUUGUGGUUAUAUUUAGAACGCUAAUUUGGGGCGGAUCAGGGAGGCGGAAGUCUUAGCCAUUUCCUUCCAUGUCCCGGAAGCUGAGGCGUUGUGUUUGCCGGCCCCGGCGAGAGUAAAGGAACAAGCGCUGGGAGCCAUGUCGUGAGACUCGCUGAGCUGCGCUGACGCCGCUUAGAAAAGGCCCUGGCCGAGCAGGGUGGCGGGGUGGCUCGGCUUCCUAUAUGGGCCAUAUUAUUUCGAGGGAAGGCACGAGUCAGAAGGCGGAGAAAAAACACCUCCGCGCCCCCCUGAGGGGGAAGGUCCCUCCGCCGCCACGGACCCGGACCUGCUUCCUCCGGGGACCCUGCAUGCUGUGUUUCCUGGUCCACAGUGCCAGCCCACCCGCCGCGAAGGAGCCGCCGUCGCCUGCCUUCCUCUGCACGGCUGCGAAGCCCCCCGGCGACCGCCACGCUCGACGCCUCCUGCGCUGGCCUCCCGCGUCGGUUUGGAGAGAGCGAGGUCGCCGCUGCCGUCGCUUCCUCUUCUCCAGCCUGCUCAUUUCGCCGCCGCCGCCGCCGCCGCCGCCGCCAGCGCGCCGGGGCUUCUUCGGGUCUGCGCUGGAGAGCAGCGAGGCUCCCGUGGAGAUGGUGUGCAAGCGCAAAGGGAUCGGGCUGCGCGCCUAUCCGCCGCGGAAACAGCCCCGUUGCGCCAUCCUCCGGGGAAAUGCGGCGGGCACCGGCGCCCCUUCGCCGCCCUCAACCGACCCCGCCGAAUGCCAACAGGUGCUCUUGCCCGAGCAGCACCUCUGCCCUCUGCCCCGCACCGUAGACUGUGCCAGGGAAGCUUCGCCUAAAGACUCCGUCGCCGAGGAUGGGAAGGAGAUAAUCCCGAGUAGCUCUCCUUCGCACCUGCCGGAGCUCGAUGGGAGAGAGAGGCCCGAGCCGGGCGAACCUUACUGUGAAGAACCCCCCGAAAACCCGGAGGACUGUUGCCAAGACUCGCAGCCACCCCUGCCGGAUAUUAACCAGCUGCCUCCCUCCAUCCUUCUCAAGAUAUUUUCCAAUUUAUCUUUGAAUGAGCGAUGUCUUUCAGCAUCAUUGGUUUGUAAAUACUGGCGUGACCUCUGUUUAGAUUUCCAGUUUUGGAAACAAUUGGACCUCAGUAGUCGUCAGCAGGUCACUGAUGAACUAUUGGAAAGAAUUGCAUCACGAAGCCAGAAUAUAACUGAAAUCAACAUUUCUGAUUGUCGUAAUGUGACAGAUACUGGUGUAUGUAUGCUAGCAUCUAAAUGUCACGGACUUCUAAAAUAUACUGCAUAUAGGUGUAAACAGCUGUCUGAUACAUCUCUGUCUGCUGUUGCCUCACAAUGUCCUCAGCUUCAGAAAGUUCAUGUUGGCAACCAAGAUCGUCUUACUGAUGAAGGACUUAAGCAGUUGGGCUCAGAAUGCAGAGAAUUGAAAGACAUUCACUUUGGGCAGUGUUACAAGAUCUCAGAUGAAGGAAUGACCAUUAUAGCUAAAGGAUGCUUGAAGUUACGGAGAAUAUACAUGCAGGAAAACAAAUUAGUAACUGAUCAGUCUGUUAAAGCAUUCGCUGAACAUUGUCCUGAGUUACAGUAUGUUGGAUUUAUGGGCUGUUCUGUUACAUCUAAAGGAGUGAUACAUCUUACCAAUCUAAGAAACCUUUCCAGCUUGGAUUUACGUCAUAUCACAGAACUGGAUAAUGAAACUGUGAUGGAGAUAGUAAAGAAAUGCAGAAACCUUACCUCACUCAAUCUGUGUCUGAAUUGGAUCAUAAAUGACAGAUGUGUGGAGGUCAUUGCUAAAGAAGGACAGAAUUUGAAAGAACUUUAUUUGGUAUCAUGUAAGAUCACAGAUUAUGCCCUGAUAGCCAUUGGAAGAUACAGUAUGACAAUAGAGACAGUUGAUGUGGGAUGGUGCAAAGAAAUCACAGAUCAGGGAGCCACCCAGAUUGCUCAGACUAGUAAAUCACUCCGAUACUUGGGACUGAUGAGAUGUGAUAAGGUGAGUGAAGUUACUGUGGAACAACUGGUACAGCAACACCCACAUAUCACCUUCAGUACAGUGCUACAAGAUUGCAAGCGGACCUUGGAACGGGCAUACCAGAUGGGUUGGAUACCCAGUAUGUCCAGUGCCUCUUAACUCAUGCUAUGGCAUUAAAAAAAAGAGAUUUAAACUGAACAAUUGAAAUUGGUUAAGGAUUUUUAAUUAAUAUUUUUUGGUUUUUAUUAAAUAUAUGUUUGGUGUAUGUAUAUGCAAGAGAGAGAGCAUGAGUGUAUGGCAAAUGUCUAUUCAGUCUUCUAAUGGAAAUAUCAGAAGAAAAAUAUGGUCAGAUAUAUUUAAUUUUUCUGAAAUGUUCAUUUGUCAAUUUAAAAUCUGCAAAUCAGUAAGAUUUUGCAGAGAGCUUGCCCUUUUUUUGUAAAUUGAAUGUUUACAUAGACUACUGUUUGGAUGUUUUUUCAAGGUAUAUGUUCAUGAUAGAAACAAUUCUUUAGAGAUGCAUUAUAAGAUUUUUUUUUUUUUGUCUGUUUAAGAGCUUUAGGUUUUAACUUCUCAAGUAAGUUUCUUCUUCUAAGGUUAGUUUCAGCAGUGUAGUAUGUUGUUAUGCCUUUUUGUUUCAUGCUAUUUCUUUAUUAUUAAUAGCUCAUAGUUCUUUUUGAAUUGUAAGUUGCAACUCCUUUCCCUUAAAUUAGAAGUAAUAGAUAAUCUUAAAUCAGGUUAUCAAAAUAUUGCUAACCUCUUGUGCGUUUUUGAAAUGCACAUUUAUGAAAAUCUACAAAGGUACAAAAAUAUAACAUUUUUAUGAUAAAUUUUAUUUUGAAUGGAAUCUUUAAUAAAUGCUGGACAUAAGCAUAAUGGCAAUUUAAGCAGACUAUCUGAUUGGUCUCUAUUGGUUCUACUAAAAUAAUAUUUUUCAGUUGCUUGUGAAUGUAUGUAUUUAAGUGGAUAUUCCUUGAUUACAUUUCUACAUCUUUCACA